UAAAAUAAAAAAAAGACGCUUUCUACAUAUCUCUACAUUUACCCAUACAUGUACAUUCAUAACUGAUUUCGACGGAUGAUUUACUUUUUCAAAUGGAUUUUAUAAAUCUCGGCAAUAAUAAUAAAAAAUAAAAAAAUUGAUAAGGAGGCCUAUGUUUUUCUACAAACAUCACAUUUUAGUAGCUUGAAAAGGUUUCCAUUGUAUAUAAAGCACAACAGCAGUAAUCUAACUAUCAGUUGUAUCCACAAAGCAUACCAAAGUAGAGCAAUUUCAAAAUGAAUUUUUAUAAAAUUUUCUUAUUUAUUGCCUUAAUAAUCGUCCUUUCCCUCAGUCAAAGCGAAGCUGAGUUAUUCACGAAAAUCUGCAAAAUAAUUAAAUGUGUUGGACAAAGUACCCGAGAUGCCACCGUGAAAGGUCUAGAAGUAGGUCAGCAAGCAGCAAAUGUUGUCGCUGCCGUGGAAGAAUAACAUUUUAUACUCAUUAAGGAAGAGUUUAAGGAGAACUCCAUAGAAGUUUUAUAAAAAA